ACACACUCCAUGGGCAGAGUCAUACCAUGCGCAGUAGGCUACUACAUCUAAUAAACCAAGAUUUGACAAAGCACCACGUUGAGGAGUCUGUGGAAUACAUUAACAAAAAAGUCUAUUUCUGUUUGAAGUGACAAAACCUCAAACAUCACUGAUGACUGUGCGACUGAAACACCGCUACAUCACCGCGCUCCUGGGCUCCUCGACCAUCCUGUCAUUCCUGUACUUUCAAAACUCAGCUAUGGUUUUGAUUGACAGUUCUCACGGUUUAGUCUCAGAGCGAGCUCCGUGCACAUGCGGUAACUGUGUGACAGAUAAUAGCUGGUUCAGUGAACGUUACAAACCCUCCAUUCCACUUCUGCUCAACAGCAACAACAGUGUUUUACAUGCAAACGUCGCCAAGUGGUGGAAGGAGCUUCAAGAUGUACCAAAUGUCAGCAACUACACAGCUGUGGUGGACCAGCUGUUUUCUCUCUUCCCCGAUGAAGAACACUACUCAGACGCUGGUCCAGAUCGCUGCAGAACCUGUGCUGUGGUGGGAAACUCUGGGAACCUCCUGGGAUCCCACUAUGGGCCUCUUAUAGAUUUCCAUGACUUUGUCAUAAGGAUAAAUAAAGGCCCGACAAAAGAUUAUGAGAAGGAUGUGGGGUCCAAGACCACUCACCGGAUUAUGUAUCCUGAGAGUGCCAUGGACUUGGACAACUCCACCCAUCUGGUGCUUUUUCCCUAUAAGAUUCUGGAUAUGCAGUGGCUUUUCAGUGCUUUCACCACUAAGAACAUCACAGAAACAUACACAGAAGUUCCAUCAACAAUCAAAGCAAAUAAGGACAAGGUGAUGAUCCUCCACCCUGAAUUCAUAAGAUACGUGCAUGAUAACUGGACAGAGGGUCAUGGCAGAUAUCCAUCUACUGGAUUCUUAACACUAAUAUUCGCUCUUCACAUCUGUGAUGAGGUGAAUGUUUUUGGGUUUGGAGCUACGAGUGACAGAAACUGGCAUCAUUAUUUUGAUGAAACAUUGACUUCAUUUGAAAACGGUUCUCAUGAUGGAGACUUUGAAAAUAAAACAAUUAGUCGGCUCCAACAGGAAAACAAGAUUUUUAUAUAUAGGGGUUGGACGUGAAGCAGGUUCUUUGAGAAACUCUACCGUUGUACUGCACAAUAUUGCAUUGCAAUAGCGAUUAUUGAAUUUUGCAGAUUUGUGCGGCAGAGACUUUAAGGUCAUAUUCAUCUCAAGAGGUGCAAGAGAUCAACUUUUCUGAAGCUGAGCUCCACUAUCAGCAUCAACUGAAACUGUGGCAUUAGCGGAUUCAUUUUUCGGUCCCGCUUUGUAUUGGGUGCCUUUACUAUGUACUAACAUUUAAAUUAAUAAUGGUGUACAUACAUGUUUUUUCAUUGUAGAUAUAUUUAAAAAAAAAUAAUGCAUUAAUUAUAUUUAUUUUUUAUUUGUGUGUGUGUGUGUGUGUGUGUGUGUAGUAGCUAGUAGUUGAAGACACUAAAUAUAAAGUUACAGAAUUUUCUGGGAAACUGA